UGCGUUAAGUCGAGGUUUCCUCGUGGACGGGCGGUUGUCGGAAUACGCAUGCGACGAGCAGAGGUUUCCUCGGCCCACUGACAGUUUCUGAACGCGCAUGUGCUGGGAAUGGAGGUUCUGUCGAAGGGUGGUCGUCGGAACGCGCAUGCGGUGUUUGGGUGACGAGGUGAUGCUGGAGUUUUAACGGAAAGUUGACUCGGUGGUUACUCGCCGGGAGAAGGAAAGGCCUGGUACUGAAAUAUCGGCGGGCCUUGCAGAAGAGCUUGAUAUAUCGAUUUGGAGUCUAACGGUUUUGUGGAAGGAACAUUCUAGCGUUUUCAUAAUCUCCCCGAAUAUUAAGCAAGGGCUGUGAAAUGUUGGAGACACUGAUCCUCGCUCUCAUGGCGGUCGGGGUGGCCCGGGUAACGGGUGAAUGUAGCAAACCUCCACAUUUAGAAAAUGGAUUCCCAACUAACAAAUUUACUUUCGAGACCUUGUUUGAUGUGGGUACCAAGAUCACUUAUAAGUGUAAUUUGGGUUAUGUAUUUAAGAAAGAGAUGUUAAAUGCUUCGAGAUCUGUUACUUGCAAGGAAGAUUCAACAUGGACACCACUAGCGGUCAUUUGUGAACCAAAGACCUGUGGUAAUCCAGGCUCGAUAGCAAAUGGAUAUUAUGAGGCAACAAAUGCUACUUUUGGAAGUAAAGUUACUUUUCACUGUGACAGAGGGUAA